AUGUACCUUCUGGCCCAAGUGGUGGCAGCUCCAAGGUCGAUACCCCCUAUUAAGAAGGCCGAAGCUGGAAACGGUCCUUGUUAUAGGUGUGGAUCCACUGCACAUUGGUACCAACAAUGUAAAGCUAGUAACAAAGUUGCAUAUAUCUACAAGAAGUAUCGAGAGUUUGUAGAACAAGAAUCUAACUAUCUGGAAGAAGAUGAGAAUUCCCCUGAUAUGAUUAGAUCAUCACAAGUGAUAAUUGGGCGAGGUAAUGCUCAAUUCAUGUUUCCAAAUGGCACAGUGAUUAAAGUCACAGAAGAUCUAUAUGCACCAAGAGCUAAUCGCACCUUGUUAAGUUUGAAAGAUAUUCGUGCAAACAGUUAUCAUUUGGAAACUCACAGUGAAAAUGGAAUUGAAUACAUACAUGUUACCUCUAAUGAAUGUGGAAGAAAACACAUUUUAGAGAAACUAAUGAGUCAAUCUAGUGGAUUAUACCUCACUAUUCGAAUUAUUGAAUCUCAUGUUUUUACCAACGAUGAUUUGUUGAAUAAUGACUCAUACAGGCUUUGGCACGACCGAUUAGGGAACCCAGGUCAUGACAUGAUGAUUCGUGUUUUAAAGAACUCACAUGGACAUCCCUUUUUUCGAGGAAAAAAGAAAAUGGGACAACAGACUGUUAUAGUGCAAAGUAACCAACUACUAACUGGUAAGAGUGUUACUCCAACACGACAGUUGCCUUCUCAAGAAGUUGAUGUGCAACAUAUUUCCCAUUCUGCUUCAUUGACUAUGUAUUUUAUGGUUCUGGUAGAUGCUUCGAAUCGUUGGUCACGCGUCGCAUUAUUGUCCACAAGAAAUGCUGCAUUUGCAAAGCUCCUAACACAAAUUAUUCGUUUGAGGGCUCACCACCCUGAUUACCCUAUCAAGUAUAUCAUACUUGAUAAUGCUGGAGAAUUCACAUCAAAAGGAUUUGAUGAUUACUGUAUGUUUAAUGGAAUAGACGUAGAGCAUCCCGUACCCCAUAUUCACACUCAAAAUGGUCUCACAGAAGCUAAUAUAAAAAGGUUACAGAUGAUAGCUAGGGCACUGGUUAUGCGUGCCAACCUGCCUAUUACUGCAUGGGGAUACGCUAUAUUGCAUGCAUCUUUACUUAUUCUUUUUCGACCCACUGCUAGCCAACCAUUUUCUGUGUACUAG